AUGAGCGGCCUUAGAGAUCUCGCAAAAGGCGGAUGGCAUCCCAAGGGCAAGGGAGAAGGCGGUAAAGAGUCCUUUCGUAGCGACUUCAAGGGCAUCAACCAGGUGGCAGGAUGGAUGGGCAAAGGCAAAGGCCAAGCUGCAGAAGCCCGUGAGAACCACCAAUCCGCACCGCUGUCGACCUUGAAGGACCCCUCGUCCUUUGGACCUCCCCCGAAGCAUGUUCACUACCAUGGAGCUGCGGCUGCUGGGCAGAGCAGCGCAACAUCCAGCGGCGACACUGGAGGACUCGGAGCACCGGUCUCAAGGGACGGAAGCACUGCGAAGGAAAGAUUACAGGCGAGGCGGGAGGCAGAGGCAAGGGCAGAGGAAGAGGCAAACAGGCCCCCACCGGGGCCAUAUCGAGCGGACACCACAGGACUGAGCACCGCAAAUCUCCCCAAGCCGCCGCAGUUUCGACCUGGCCAGGCGACACCUCCUCCUGCGGCAGCUGGUGCUGGCGCACCCAAACCGGGGCCUCCCAGACUGCCUCCACGGCUACCGCCUCGACAGAAUUCACACCCCGAUAUGCAUGCACCACCCCCUCCGCCUUCGUAUAAUGAAAGCGUAGAGGCCCCAGCGCCCGAACGGGGAAUUCUCAAUCAAGGUGCGAUGAACCGAUUGGGAAAUGCAGGUAUAUCAGUCCCGGGAUUUGGGAUCGGCCGAGCUUCCCCACCCGUGCCUCCUCGACAGAAUUCUUCCUCCUCCAGUGCAGCCGUCUCGCCUCCUCCCGAGGCUUCCGGUGCCGGCGCGGGUGGCAGUCGAGGACCGCAAUUGAGCGAAUUGCAAUCGAGGUUCUCGAAGAUGUCCACUACAUCAUCGGAUAGUCCGCCACCCGCGCAAGGAACCACAUGGGCGGAGAAGCAAGCAGCAUUGAAGACGGCGAGCAAUUUCCGGAACGAUCCGUCCAAAGUAUCCUUUUCAGACAUGAGGAACGCGGCAUCGACUGCGAACAACUUCCGGGAGAGGCAUGGGGAGCAAGCUGCGGCCGGUGUGCGCGCAGCCAACGGGCUCAAUCAGAAGUAUGGGCUUGCCGAUAGAGUCAACGGCCUGUCUUCUCCAACCUCUCCGACCUCACCUGUAGCAGAAUCGUCCACGGCAGCGCAUGGUGCAGCAGCAGCAGGGAAGAAGGCGCCUCCACCUCCACCCCCGAAGAAGAGGAAUCUUGCGGGCAAUGCAACUGGUGCGAAUGAGCCGCCGCCGAUCCCGUUAGCAAGCAAACCGAGGUUUUGA